AUGGGAAUACCAGCAUUCUAUAGAUGGUUGGCGGAGAAGUAUCCGCUAAUCAUUGCCGACGUCAAGGAAGAAACGCCGCUUGUAGUCAACGGCGUUUUGGUCCCAAUCGAUACUUCCCAUCCUAAUCCUAACGGUAUCGAGUUCGACAAUCUCUAUCUUGACAUGAAUGGAAUCAUUCACCCUUGUUUUCAUCCCGAAGGACUGCCAGCUCCGACUACAUACGAGGAGGUUUUCGCUGCAGUUUUCAAAUACAUUGAUAGGAUCUUUUCCAUUGUUAGGCCUCGAAAACUCCUCUUCAUGGCUAUUGAUGGUGUUGCUCCACGAGCUAAGAUGAAUCAGCAGCGGUCUAGGCGUUUUAGGGCUGCUAAAGAUGCUGCUGAUGAAGCCUUGUCUAUAGAGAGAGAUGGUGGGAUUGUCUCCGAAUCACAAGAAGGGAAAACAGCUUUUUCAGAGCAGAAGAAGAAUCUUGACUCGAAUGUAAUCACACCUGGAACUGAGUUUAUGGAUUUGUUGUCGUCAGCUCUUCGUUAUUACAUUCGCUUGAGGAUGAAUGAGGAUUUGGGGUGGCGGGGAAUAAAGGUCAUUCUUUCUGAUGCCAAUGUGGCUGGUGAAGGAGAGCACAAGAUAAUGUCAUACAUCCGCUUGCAAAGGAAUCUACCAGGUUUUGAUCCAAAUACACGGCAUUGCUUGUAUGGAUUGGAUGCGGAUUUGAUUAUGCUUGCAUUGGCUUCCCAUGAAAUUCAUUUCUCGAUUCUAAGAGAGAAUACUGGAAAUUCAAGCAUAGGCGGUAAAGCCUCAGAAAAAAAACAUAGACCGAUGAAGCGCCAGAAAUUAAAUGAGAAUUCAGAGCAAGUGGGAAAGUUUGCUGAGAACAUAGAAGACUAUAUCUCACGGCUGAAUUUUCUGUUUCUCAACAUUUGGAUCUUGAGGGAGUAUUUAGCAUAUGACAUGAGAAUAUUGGACACAACCUUGAAAGUAGACCUGGAGCGUGUGAUUGAUGAUUUUGUCUUUAUGUGUUUGUUCGUUGGCAAUGAUUUUCUGCCCCAUAUACCAUCACUGGAAAUAUCUGAGGGGGCUAUCGAUUUGCUCAUGACAGUUUACAAAAAGGAAUUUGCUCGGAUGGGUGGUUACCUAACAAAUUCUUUUGAGGUGAAUAACUAG